AAAAAUGAGAAUUGAGACAGAUCUGAGGUUGUGAUCUAUCUGAUAAGCCACCGUUUUAGACUCUUGAAAACGGAUGAUGCGUCUUAACUAAGCCAAACACUUUCCUUCUAAAAAGUAAAAACCCUAGAUCUCUCUCCUCUUUCCUCUCUCGUCUUGCCUUUAAGGAAGCUUCCCUUUAAUCUAAUCUAUAUACAUGACUUACUCUUUUCCUUUAAUUCACUCAGCGUCACCUUGAAGACGUGCUUACUCGUUCCCCCCUCAGAUCUAUACUGCUCCACUCUCUUCAUUAAAACCUUCUUCACAUUCAUCGUCAUUUUUUCUUACCCCUAAUUCUUUUGUGAGUUUUCAAUUUUCAUUUCAUCCGAAAAAAUUCAUCUACUCUCCUCCUGGGUUUGUUUGAAAUUACAUUCAAUUCGAGUUUUUUUUUUUGUUUUAAAUUUUGAUUCUGCAGAUCUGUUCAAAGGUCUUGUCUGAUAUCAAGACAGAACACAAACAAAACAAAAAAAACUCUCUUUUUUUACUUCUUCUUUCCUUUAUUGUUGCCACCACCAAUGGCAAUGCCAACUGGAAACGUUGCUCCUCCGUCGGAUAAACUCAUCCAGUUUCCGCCACCCGCCGUCGCCGGAAGCUGGAUCCCCGACGAGAGAGACGUGUAUAUAUCGUGGAUCCGCGGGGAGUUCGCCGCGGCUAACGCCAUCAUCGACACGCUCUGCAAUCACCUGCAAGCGAUCGGGGAUCAAAGCCAAUACGACGCCGUGGUCUCAGCCGUCCAGCACCGUCAGUCAAGCUGGUCUCAGGCUAUCUAUAUGCAGCCUUAUUACACGAUUGCUGAUAUUUACAAGGCUCUUCAGCACGCUGCUUGGGGAUGGAAACUGAAAACGCCUCAGCAGCAACAACCUCAAAGGCAUUACAAUGCUACUGAUCAGACUGUGAAGUUUGGUGGUAAGAGAUCGGGUUAUGGAUUUAACAAGCAUCAUCAUGGUGGUGGUGGUGGUGGUGGUUACAGAGGAGCUGAAUCGAUGGCGAGAAACGGGCAUCACUUGAAUUCAGAUUCCCACAGCGUUGAAGCUAAGCUAGCAAGUGAUGCUGAGGAGAAGAGAGAUGGUAACGAGAAACCAAAGAGUGAUCGUAAAGAUGUGGAAGAAUCUGAGUCUGGUGGUGGUGAAACUCAAGCGGAGAUAGUGAACCAUGAUUCUAAAGAUAACAAUCUCAGUUCUGAGGAAAAGCAGGACGAGAAAGAUAAAGAGUAUACUGCAAGCAUGGCCAAGACUUUUGUUGUUGAAGAGAUGUAUGAAGCGAAAGUGGUUAAUGUUGUGGAAGGACUGAAGCUAUAUGAGAAUAUGGUCGAGGCAAAGGAAGUUUCUCAACUCGUUUCUAUUGUAAACAAUCUGAGAACCUCUGGAAGAAGAGGUCAACUUCAAAGUGAGGCAUAUGUGGGUUAUAAACGUCCAAAUAGAGGACAUGGACGCGAGAUGAUCCAACUCGGUCUCCCAAUAGCUGAUACCAUGCCUGACGAUGUGAGUAUCAAAGGUCGAAGAAUAGAGCCAAUCCCGUCGUUUCUUUCAGACAUCAUUGAACGUUUGGUCACGAAACAAAUCAUACCUGUGAAACCAGACGCAUGCAUCAUCGACUUCUUCAACGAGGGAGAUCACUCGCAGCCUCAUAUGUUAGCUCCACGGUUUGGAAGACCAGUUGGGAUCUUGUCCCUGUCGGAAUGCGAUUUCACAUUUGGAAGAGUCAUCGUCUCUGAUCAUCCCGGCGACUACAAGGGCUCUCUCAAGCUUUCUCUUACUCCCGGAUCGGUUCUUCUGGUGGAAGGCAAAUCCGCAGAUCUUGCUAAGUUUGCGAUUCACUCAAUCCCAAAGCAGCGGAUUCUCAUCACCUUCACCAAAUCUCAGCCGAGAAACUCCAUAACCGGUUCUAACUGGGCUCCACCGCCUAGCAGAUCUCCACCUAAUUUACACAACCGUCAACAAACCGGCCCACCUAAACAUUAUCCUGUCAUCCCGACCACAGGUGUCUUCCCACAAAACGGAGCUGUUCAACCUAUUUUCAUAUCCCCUUCUCCUCCUCUUCCCCCUCAAAUGCCUUUCCCAGGUGGUGUCCUUCCCGGGGCAACGGUCUGGCCUCAUCCACGACACCAGCAGCCACCACAUCCCAGACUGCCCGUUCCUGGCACCGGUGUGUUCCUCCCACCCGGUUCAGCUCAAGAACAGGUGUCCACAGAAAAAUCUAACGGAAGCAACGCUGCAGAGGGAAAGUUAGAAAUGAAGACUAAAGAAGAAGCUUGUAGCAGAGACGCUGCAGAGGAAGGCGGUGACAGUAAACAGAGCAAUUAGCUAAAAGAAGAGAAAGAUAGAGAGAGAAACGAGUCAGGAGAGAUUAAAUCUUGAAGCUGCAGUUUGUUAAACUGUAAAAAAGAGCGGCGAGUUCUACCAAACCUUUUGUCCUUUUUGCCACUUCAGACAUUGUUUUUAGGAGAUACGAGCAAAAUGUACCCGUUUUGACGUUUUAUACUCUCUAGAACUCAUUUUUAUCUAUUAAUUUCAGUUGCAAUUAUAAUUA